AUGGCUGCCAACACUCAGAUGCACAACUUGACCACUCUAAUCAAGAGGCUCGAGGCUGCAACCUCCCGUCUUGAAGAUAUCGCCUCUUCAACCACCGAACCCCCCGCCGAUACUGCUGUUCUGAACGCUAUAUCCUCUCCUCCGAACCCUACUUUGGGCGCUCCCGCACCCCCACCUGCUUCUACCUCGAAAGCCGCCACUCCCACCCCCGCAAGCCCCGAACCUGCUACCGAACCGCUGCCUGAAUCCAUCGAAGAGUUUGAUGCCUUUUUAAACGCCUCUGUCGACAAAUAUGUCAAGCUGAGCCACCAGCUUGGAGGGCUCGUUGCUCAACAGGCUUCCUUGGUCAAAUCUGGCUUUCAAGAACAGCGCAAGUUUCUCCUGAUAUCGACCAAGGCAAAGAAGCCUGAUCUUUCCGGCCCCGGUCUGCCAGUGUACGAAAGUCUUAUCAAACCUAUCAAUGAGGCACUGAUGGCCGUGACCGAGCUCAAGGAUGCCAACCGCCCUAGUCCCAUGUAUACCCAGCUGAGCACCGUUUCAGACGGUAUUAUGGUCCUCGCAUGGGUCACCAUUGACACGCGCCCCUAUAAGCAUGUAGAUGAGUGUCUUGGUUCGGCUCAGUUCUUCGGAAACAGAGUUCUCAAGGAGCAAAAGGACAAAGACGCCAAGCAAAUUGAGUGGGUUCAAAGCUUCUACCAGAUGUUCCGCGAUCUUGCCGACUAUGUCAAGCAAUAUUUCCCAACUGGUAUUCCCUGGAACCCGAACGGACAACCCGUUCAGGAGGUUUUGAAAUCGUUGUCUGCAGGCCAGUCAUCUACUUCUGUUCCCGCUGCUCCCGCCCCUGCUGCUGGCGGUGCUCCUCCACCUCCGCCACCACCUCCUCCAGGACCUGCUCCCGUUUUGGAUAUCAAGACAGAGAGUGCUCCUGCUCCUGCUGCUUCAUCUGGAGGUCUUGGUGCCGUCUUCUCAGAACUCAACAAAGGCGAUGCCGUUACCAAAGGACUGCGAAAGGUGGACAAGUCUGAGAUGACACACAAGAACCCAUCACUUCGAAGUGGCUCCGUGGUUUCAAGUGGCCAGAGGGGUAAGAGCCCUGCUCCUGGCAAGAAACCCAAGCCCGAAAGUAUGCGCACCAAGAAGCCCCCCAAGAAGGAGCUUGACGGCAACAAAUGGACCAUUGAAAACUAUGAGAAGGAUUCCGAGCCGGUCGAGAUUGAGGCUUCUUUAACGCAGUCCGUUCUCAUCAGCCGUUGCAACAACGCCACCGUGAUUGUCAGGGGCAAGGCUAAUCAAGUCACUGUCGAGAACUCUACUCGUUUGUCGCUGAUUGUCGAGACCCUUGUCUCUACUGUUGACGUCGUCAAGGCCCAGAACUUUGCUCUUCAGGUCUUGGGCACCAUUCCUACCGUCAUGUUGGACCAGGUCGAUAGCGCUCAGAUUUACUUUAGCAAGGAGAGCAUAUCGACACAGGUCUUUACCAGCAAGUCAGCGGGCAUCAACCUUAACGUUAUUUCUGGCGAGGAUGACGACUACAAGGAGGUAGCCCUGCCUUCGCAAAUCUGCUCUUACUACGAUGAGUCCAAGGGAGACUUGGUCAACGAAAUCGUAGCUCAUGCCGGCUAG